AGAAAAUUCAGGACACUCCAAAAAAAUACUUGUAGGUUUAAUGAUCAGAUUCUAGUCAACUGUUGUUGUUGAGUUUUCUUUCACUUAAGAAAUACAUGUUAAAAAAACAACUGUCUUUGGAAUGUUUUUUCUGUAAGUUACCAAUUUUGUAAAUCUUGAUUUCAGGUAAGUCACUAGCACUAGAAUAAAAAGAGAGGCUCAGCUAUUAUUUGCAAAGCACACUCUAGUUAAAAAUAUUCCAGACCAUAUUCCUUAACUGGGGACAGGAAAUAAAAAAAACUGUCUUCCAACACAGAUAAAAAUUCAAAAAUAAAUUAUAACUAUGGACUAAAACAUAAUAUUAAAGGCAAAGAAAGCUUUUUUGUGAACACCCAAGUAAUUCCUCCUCUGUGCAUAGGACACAAAAGCAUUUUCAGCUUUCAGGUUUUGACAAAUCCUGUAUUAACAACUCCCUCCCUUCCCCGCCUCUCCUUUCUUAAUUCUCCCACAGCUCAAAAAAUGAGAUGGAGAACCUGGUAUUUAUCUUCUAGCACCAUCAGCAGUUUUCACCUCUCAGAUUUCUAUGUUGCUCUUUAUCUGCUAUUUGCAAGUCAGCUUGCUAGAGCCUCAUCACUAAUACAGAAGCUGUGAAGUGUGCCUCGUGUAUGUGCUCUCUCUUCCUACAGGCGUUCAUCUGAAGACAACUGACAGAAGGGAGUUAAGGCAUUGAAGGCUACUGACAAAAGAACAACUGGUUUUGCAGCCGCUACGGGUCAGAGAAUGAUUCUGGCCCUGACCAGGAAGGAUCUCACAUUCUCCCAAGCUCUGAAUACUCUUGUACCUGACGUGAAACAAGUGCUAACCUGGCCUUUGUUAAUUUGUACUCUACUGCACAGAAAGCGCUACAAUCAAAAUUAAGUGCCAGGGGACAAGGAUAACAGCAACGUCAUGGUGUCAGUGCGUCUCCAGCUCCUUGCUUUUAUCCUGGCCUUAUCUGGGGUCUCCGGCAUGCUCACCGCCACGCUGCUGCCCAGCUGGAAGGUGAACGUGGACACAGGCUCCAACAUCAUAACGGCCAUCGUACAGCUGCAAGGGCUGUGGAUGGACUGCACGUGGUACAGUACUGGAAUGUUCAGCUGCACACUGAAGUACUCCAUUCUGUCGCUCCCCACCCAUGUGCAGGCUGCACGGGCCACCAUGGUCCUGGCCUGUGUUCUGUCUGCUUUGGGGAUCUGCACUUCCACAGUAGGGAUGAAAUGCACUCGCCUGGGAGGGGACAGAGGAACCAAGAGGCAUGCUGCUUUUGCUGGAGGAGUCUGUUUCAUGUCUGCGGGGAUCUCUGGUUUAAUACCAACGGUGUGGUACACAAAGGAGAUCAUAGCAAACUUUCUAGAUCUGACAGUUCCAGAAAGCAACAAACACGAGCCUGGAGGAGCCGUCUAUAUUGCAUUUAUUUCAGCCAUGCUGCUAUUUAUCUCUGGCAUGAUUUUCUGUACUUCCUAUAUAAAAAAGGAUCCAGAAGCUUGGCUCUACCCACCCAACCAGCAGCAUAUCUCCACCUCUGAGCUAGAGGGCAAUUUAGCAUACAACCUAAAGGAUUAUGUGUAAACAGCUGUGUAAUAUAUAUGGAAUUUUUAGGUGCCUGCUAUGACUUUUGUCUUUUAGACUUAAAAAAAUACAUCAGAAUAAUGCUUAACUCUACAAAGAACAUAAAAUACUUUUAAAAUUAUGAGGUUGUUUAAAAUGCCAACAAACUAUUGUGUACAGUUUUAUCUGUUUUAAGAUUAUACUUCCAUUACUGUUUUCAUGUUUUACCUUAAGAUUUAUAAUUGAAGGAGGUUCUGAUUAUAUUAAUAAGACAAUUAAUUAAUGGCUUUCCCCCCCCUUUUUAAGAUAAAACUGUUGGUACAUCUUCUGCAUUUGUAUUUAAUUGGAUUUUAUAAAAGAACUAAAUUGCCAAGUAGGAAAAAGCACCUUGCCCAGGCCAUGAUCCAGGGCACUGUCUGCUUUCAUUAGCAGCUUGGCAG